AAAAAGAAAAGACAGAAAGAUGAAGCAGAUUUUGAUGAGCAUACAGAACAAUUCAGCAGGAGACAGAAGCGAAGAAAGUGAGCUCCGAGAGUUGAGUGUAGCCACUCACAUAGACAAAUGAACAAUGAGUUAGUUGAGAUUCUCACGUCGAAUAAAAAGCAAAAGGAACACAUGUUCUAUUUUUAGCUUUCAAUUGCCACAAACUACUCUAUAAAACCAACCCCACUUACACUCUCAAUAACACGGCCAUAAUAACAUUGUUUCUUUGCCUGUGAUUCAACUGAGAUGGCUCUCAACACGUCUUGCUCCAACCCCAUUCUAGGAACCCAUCUUCCUAACUCUGUUCCUAAUGCUUCCAACACACCCAAUUUUUUCUUCACCACCAAUCACAACAAAGCCUGCAACUUUGGCUUCCCAAGACUUGUUCAAAACAAGGGUCUUCUCCCACUUCAUGCACUGCCAUCCAAAACCAUGGUUGAUUUGGACAAUUUGGUGCUCAAAACUCCAGAAGAACAACCGAAGGAAGAAGGAAAGAUUAUCAAUGUCAAAUUUCAGAUGCAUCGCAACUGUAAAUUUGGGGAGCAAUUUCUAGUAGUUGGUAGUGAUCCGAUGUUUGGCUCAUGGAACCCUGCAAAAGCCAUACCAAUGGCCUGGUCAGAAGGGCAUGUUUGGACGGCAGAGAUGGCCGUACCUGCUGGAAAAUUCCAGUACAAAAUCAUCUUGAAAAGAAGAAAUGGUGACAUUGUGUGGCAGCCAGGGCCAGAUAGACUUGUUCAGACAUGGGAAGCAAUGAACAGAAUCACUGUUUGUGAGGAUUGGGAAAAUUCCAAACUUCAGACAGUAACAGAUGACGAUGAGAAAGUUUCCAACACAUCAGUGGAAGAUGAACAUGGUCAGACAGAUAAGGAUUCCAAGAUGGAGUCAGAAAUUGCCAAUUUGGCUGAGAAUCGUUAGAGCCAAUUGCUGAAUUUUGUUUCCUUCCACAAACAAAAGUUUUAUGAUUUUGCUGCUACAAAGAAAGCCCAAGUUAGUUUUGAGCUACUUAUUUCCAUUCCGGCUCAUAGUAUUACUAUUUUUUUGUGAGAGAAAAUAAGAGUCUCUUUUCUGUUUUGUUGUCGCAUAUCUUCAUCAAUGAAAUUUCUUAUUUCUUUUCACUUA